AGCGGCUGGGGCUGGCGGUGACUGCAGCGGGCUGGGCGCUGUCUGCUUCUCCCUGCGGCCCCGGGGCAUGAGCAGGACCUGUCGCCCGCGCUGAGAGCCGGCAGGUUGCGCCCGGGCGCCGUGGGCGAGAGCGGGACGGCGGCCCAGGGAGCCCCGGCCAUGAGCUGCCCGCUCCGCGCUGCCCCGGCCGCCGCGCUGGGCUUGCUGCUGCUGCUGCUCGGCCGCCUGGCGGGGAGCUCGGCCGCCGGCGGCCCCGGCUCCCGCUCGUGCCCGGCUCCGUGCCGCUGCUUCGGGGACCUGCUGGACUGCAGCCGCCUGAAGCUGAGCCGGGUGCCCGAGCGGCUCCCGCAAGGGGUGGUACAGCUGGACUUAAGUCACAACAGAUUAUCUUCAAUUAAGGCCAGUUCCUUGAGUCACCUUCAUAGUCUUCGAGAAAUAAAACUGAACAAUAAUGAAUUGGAGACCAUACCUAAUCUGGGACCAGUCUCUGCAAAUAUUACUCUUCUGUCCUUGACCAGUAACAAGAUUGGGGGCAUCUUGCCUGAACAUCUGAAACCAUUUCACUCUCUAGAGACUUUGGACCUGAGCAACAAUAAUAUUUCAGAGUUGAAAACUGCAUCAUUUCCUUCUUUGCAGCUCAAGUAUCUGUACAUUAACAGUAAUCGAAUAACCUCCAUGGAGCCAGGUGCCUUUGACAGUUUGUCUAGCACACUUCAAGUAUUGAAACUGAACAGGAACAAAAUUUCAGCCAUCCCUCAAAAGAUGUUUAAACUGUCCCAUCUGCAGCACCUGGAGCUGAAUCGCAACAAAAUAAAAAAAAUAGAUGGGCUUACUUUCCAAGGACUUACUGCUUUGAAAUCACUAAAAAUGCAACGAAAUGGAGUAAAUAGACUCAUGGAUGGAGCUUUCUGGGGACUAACCAACAUGGAAGUCUUGCAGCUGGACCAUAACAACCUAACAGAGAUUACCAAAGGCUGGCUUUAUGGCUUGCUGAUGUUGCAGCAGCUCCAUCUCAGCCAAAACGCCAUCAGCAGGAUCAGCCCCGAUGCCUGGGAAUUUUGCCAGAAACUCAGCGAGCUAGAUUUAACAUUUAAUCACUUAGCAAGAUUGGAUGAUUCAAGCUUCGUUGGUUUAAGCCUACUAGUUGGACUGUAUAUUGGGAACAACAAAGUAAACUACAUUGCUGAUUGUGCCUUCCGGGGACUUUCCAGUUUAAAGACUUUGGAUCUGAAGAACAAUGAAAUCUCAUGGACUAUUGAAGAUAUGAAUGGUGCAUUCUCUGGACUUGACAAACUUAGAAUGCUGAUACUCCAAGGAAACAGGAUUAGGUCCAUUACAAAGAAAGCAUUUUCUGGUUUGGAUGCACUUGAACACCUAGAUCUAAGUAACAAUGCAAUCAUGUCAGUGCAAGGAAAUGCAUUUUCACAAAUGAAGAAACUUGAAGAAUUGCACUUAAAUACAUCAAGUCUUUUGUGUGACUGCCAGCUAAAAUGGCUACCACAGUGGGUAUCAGAAAACAACUUUCAGAACUUUGUGAAUGCCAGUUGUGCCCAUCCUCCGCUGCUAAAAGGCAGACGUAUCUUUGCUGUUAGCCCAGAUGAGUUUGUGUGUGAUGAUUUUCCUAAACCACAGAUCACUGUCCAGCCAGAAACCCAGUCAGCAAUCAAAGGCUCCAAUUUGAGUUUUAUAUGUUCAGCAGCCAGCAGCAGUGACUCCCCUAUGACGUUUGCAUGGAAAAAGGACAAUGAAUUACUGCAUGAUGCUGAAAUGGAGAAUUAUGCACAUCUCCGGGCACAGGGUGGUGAAGUGAUGGAAUACACUACCAUACUUCGGCUACGCAAUGUUGAAUUCAGCAAUGAAGGAAAAUACCAGUGUGUUAUUUCAAAUCACUUUGGUUCAUCCUACUCUGUCAAAGCCAAGCUUACAGUUAACAUGCUGCCUUCAUUUACAAAGAUGCCCAUGGACCUAACCAUUCGUGCUGGGGCAACGGCACGAUUAGAAUGUGCUGCAGUUGGUCAUCCAGUACCGCAGAUUGCUUGGCAGAAAGAUGGUGGCACAGACUUUCCUGCAGCACGCAAGAGACGUAUGCAUGUCAUGCCCGAGGAUGAUGUAUUCUUUAUUGUUGAUGUAAAAAUUGAGGACACUGGAGUUUAUAGCUGUACAGCUCAAAACACUGCUGGGAGCAUUUCAGCUAAUGCAACACUGACAGUACUAGAAACACCAUCAUUUUUGCGGCCCUUGCUAGACCGAACAGUAACGAAAGGUGAAACUACAGUCUUGCAAUGCAUUGCUGGUGGUAGCCCUCCGCCUCGGUUGAACUGGACUAAAGAUGACAGCCCAUUGGUGGUAACAGAAAGGCACUUCUUCGCUGCAGGCAACCAGUUACUGAUUAUUGUGGACACAGACAUUGAAGAUGCUGGGAAAUACACUUGUGAAAUGUCUAAUACGCUUGGAACAGAGAGAGGCAACAUUCGUCUAAAUGUAAUUCCCACUCCCACCUGUGAUUCGCCUCAAAACAUUGCUCCAUCAUUGGAUAAUGAUGGAUGGGCCACAGUCGGCGUAGUGAUCAUAGCAGUGGUUUGCUGUGUGGUGGGCACUUCCCUUGUGUGGGUGGUCAUCAUAUACCACACAAGGAGAAGAAAUGAAGAUUGCAGCAUCACAAAUACAGAUGAGACAAACUUGCCUGCUGACAUUCCAAGUUACCUGUCAUCCCAGGGAACAUUAGCUGAAAGGCAGGAUGGGUCAUCAGAAAAUGGAAGUCAUCAUCAGUUCAUAACUUCUUCAAUGGGAGGAUAUUUUUUACAGCAGAGAGAUAGUAAUGGCAUUUGUCAUCUAGAUAAUGGCAGUGAAACAGACCUGGAGGUUGUUACAGAUCCAUUCUUAUGCCACUAUCUGGGGACUUCAGGGACUGUAUAUUUAAAAGGGAAUGCUUAUGGCUCUGACGCUUUUGAAGCAUACCAUACAAGCUGCAGCCCUGACCAAAGAACAGUGUGCAUGGACCUAUGUGACUCUAGUUACUUAAAGAAAAAGGAAUGCUAUCCGUAUUCACUUGGAACAUUAUCACAUUCACCAGAAGAUCCCUUUGACCAGUAUGUUGGCAGCAUUGGAAUGCAGGCUACAAGUAGCAAAUUGCUUAACUCUACUUACCCGCCAAAUGAAGGAAUUGGAGUGAAAAGCUUGAGUCUAAACUCAGACAUCUUUGAUUUGAACAGAAAUCAGGAAUCAUCCUGUAUUACCACUAGUAGCACUUUCAUGGGAACAUUUGGAAAGUCUCUAUGGAGGCCUCAACUGGACUCUUUUUCGAGCUGUAGGCUGCCAGCAAGUUGUCAACCAAAAACCUUCCAUAAUAAUAAUAAUCCUCAAGCCUCAUUGGACUUUGACUCAGAGGCAGAGGAAGAUGGAAAGGACAGGACGGUUUCUCAUGAGGAAAACAGCAUUUGUACUUACAAACAGGCCUUUGAAAACUUUAGGACUCCUACUUUCCAGUCUUAUGACCUGAACACAUAGCUGCUUUUGGAAUGACCGUUGAUUGAUGGAACCAAAGAAAUAUUUUUGACAUACUACCUCAAUGUGGAGCUUUAUUUAAAAGGGGCGGGGGGGAAUCCAUGUUUUUAAUGGAGCUAUGAAAUCAGAAAGAAUGGAUACAUUUUUAUACAGAUAAAACAUAAUUGCCAAAGUGUUAUAAAAUUUUAUACAGGGAAUACAUUCCUUAGAGAAGUACUAUAUUUCUAAUUAUUUUAUAGCUUUGUUUUAUGCAAAUGGUAUCUCCUGUAAAUUAAUGAUGUAAAUAAUACUAUGUAUAUUUCCUGUCAGACUUCAUUUUAUUGAAAUGAGUACUAAAGCAUACUAAACUUGUACCAGUAUCUGUACCUUUUUAUGAAUGAACGUUCCAUGCUGUUUGCAGGUACCAUGCAUCUUAUUUGCACAUCACUUUUAAUAAAAUAUGCUGCCUUGUG